AUGUCGAAAAUUAACGGUAUUGAAACAGAAUGGACAAUUCUGCAAAGACAACAUGGUAAUUUACCUGAACUUCCAGAGGAAAAGGAGGAAGAUAAAAUUGUUUACUAUAAGAGUGCCAAUGAGGAGUUUGAAAACCAACUUUCGGGAGCCUCACUCGAACAAUUGAAACAAAUUGAGCAAGAUAAAUAUUUAGAUCAAGACGAGGACGAACUCCUUCAACAAAUUAAAGCCAAACGAUUGCAAGAACUCAAGCAAAAACAAUUGGCAAACAAGUUUGGUGGUGUAAAGGACAUUUCUGCAACAGAAUACGUGAAGGAGGUUUGCGAAAAUGCAGGAAAGGAUGUCUAUGUGUUGGUUCAUUUGUAUGCACCAGCUAGAGAAGAAUGCAAGAUUUUAGAUGAUCGUUUGCAAACACUCUCUCAUAAAUUCCUUGAUAUCAAAUUUGUUCGUGUGAGAGGAAGUGCAGCCAUUCCAAACUUUCCCGAUAACAAUUGCCCAACUCUGUUGAUUUAUAGAAAUGGUCAUAAUUUGGGUCAAUUCGUUGGAUUGGGUAAGAUUGGUGGUCGAGAAAUGACAGCUGCUGACUUGGAGUGGAUUUUGGCACAAUUCGGAGUUCUUAAAACUGAAAUGAAAAAACCACCAUCUGCUCGUGUUGCUGGAGAUAGCGGAUUUAAAUUCACUGGUGACUUUUCGAGCACAGUUGGUGCAUCAUCAUCGAAUAGAAGAUCUGCAUUUGAUUUGGAUGACGAUGAUGAUGACGAUUAUUAA